AUGGAGAUGGCGGAAGGCGGCAGUGUGAUGCAUCAUUGCAACGAAGUCCUCAACAUCAGCGCGAAGCUCAGCAGCAUCGGCGCCAAGAUGGAGGACGAGGACGUGGCGAUCUGCUUGUUGCGCAGCCUCCCCAAGAGCUACGAGAACGUCGUUCUCAACUUGGAGAUGAGCAGCGCGGAACUGCGAUCGCGAGAUGUCGUGAGAGUGCUCACGAAUGAUCACAUCAAGAGGCAAGGUGACAAGACGACAUCGGUGAAGACUGAAGACGCGGCGAAGGCGUUCAGUGCCGAGCGUGAACCUCGCCAGUGUACAUACUGCGGAAAAUUGGGACACACGGCGGAGCGGUGCUGGACCAAGCAGAAGGACGAAAAUCAAGGUGGAGCUCGACGCGGCGGCAACAAUGCUCGUGGACGCGGAGCCAACAACGUUCAGUGGCGAACCAACAGCAACUACGACGACAACUACGAUCGAGUUGCGUUCGCGGUUUCGCUGGAGGCUGGACUUUCGACGGGCAAGAAUAUGCCAGGGAUGUGGGCAGUCGACAGCGGUGCGACGCAUCACAUCUGCAACGACAAGGCCAAGUUUGCAAGCUUGAAUGAGCGAGAGGAAGGCGAACUAUCAGUGGCUGAUGGCAGCAAGGCUGCGAUCAAGGGUGUGGGAACCAUCAUGGAACGGGUGGUUCUGCCCAAUGGUGACGAACGCGACAUCGAGAUCAAGGACGCACUGUUCGUACCAAGUAUGAGCAAGAAUCUGCUUUCGGUGCCACAGAUCAACAAGGGUGGCAGGUUCCAAGUCGUGUUCGAUGGAUCCAAGAUGCAAGUGAAGCGCAAGAAUUCCACACAAGUCGUGGCAACAGCGGAUCUCGUCGAUGGACUUUACUGGCUGCGGACUCCUCAACGAUCGGCAAAUGCAGCAACACGCAAUGGGACCAUCGACUUGCAUGCGCGCAUGGGUCAUGCACCCCUCGAAGUUCUGCGCAAGAUGGUGGCCACUGGCAUGAUCAAGGACGCCAAGGCACCUCUCAACUCGACUGGUCCAAGUGUGUGUCGCGGUUGCCAGCAAGGAAAGAUGGUUCAAAAACCAUUCCCAACCAACCGUGACAAACGCCAAUAUGGUGUGUUCGAGUUGCUGCACUUCGACAUCUGCGGGCCAAUGGAACAAGUCUCGAUCGGCGGCAGCAGAUACUUACUGCUUGUGGUUGACGAAGCCAGCGGUUGCAUGAAGGGCUUCUGUCUGCGGUCCAAGUCUGAGAGUGAAGACUGUAUCGAGAACCACAUUAUCAAGAUUCAGACUCAGUUCGGCACGAAGAUCAAGUUUGUUCGGCACGAUGGAGCGCAUGAGUUUGCGACCAACUCGAUCAAGACCUUCUACGAAGAUCAUGGUAUCGAACAACAGGUCACGGUGCCGUAUGCACACCAGACCAACGGCACCGCAGAACGCGCAAUAAGGACCAUCGUCACGAUCGGACGCAGCUUGUUGCAUCAUGCAAAGCUGGAGAAGUGUUUCUGGGCUGAAGCGGCAAUGACGGCGAUCUACAUCAAGAACCGCCUGCCUUCACCCAAGAUCGACCACAAGACUCCGUUCGAGAUCGUGUACAAGUCGAAACCAAGUGUCAAGCACAUGCGCGUGUUUGGAUGUCGGGCGUUUAUCCUGACACCAAGGGAGAAGCGAUUGAAGUGGGAUCCGAAGGCUCGUGAAGGGAUGUUCAUGGGCUACGAAGAAGCGUCAAAAGCUUAUCGAGUGUACGACAUUGAGGCGGGCCAAGUGGUGAUCAGUCGUGACAUCACCUUCGACGAAUCGACUUUUGACUUUUCGAUGGACCGACCAAGUGACGAUGAUGAAGAUGCGGAGUUGGACCUCGACCUCCUGGCGAUCAACGAGGACGACGUGCGUCAAACCGUCUACAAUCAGACUGGCAAGCGCAAGAGUGAAGCAAAUCCCCGGCAUAAACGACGAUCAAGUGCUCCAGAAACGAUGUCUGAUGACGAAGAAGAUGCAAGCGUCUACGAUCAAGAUGACGACUCGACGCCUCCAACAUUUUGGCGUGCAAGUGCAAACGCAGUGGAAGCAACGGACCUAGCAGAACCUGUGACUUUUCAAGACGCGAUCAAUGGUCCUGAUCAAGCUCACUGGCGAAAUGCUGUGAAGGCGGAACUCAAGUCGAUGCAUCUUCGUGGAGUUUUCCGUGCGGCAAAACUGCCAAGAGGCCAAGGCGCGAUCGGCACCAAGUGGGUGUUCAAGAUCAAGCGCAAAGCGGAUGGAUCGGUCGAGAAAUACAUGGCGCGUCUCGUUGCCAAGGGCUUCAAGCAGAAGUACGGCAUCGACUACACAGAGACGUUCUCGCCCGUGGUCAAGUACGUGACACUGCGUAUGGUGAUCGCGAUCACCAAACAUUUCGACUGGCCACUGGACCAACUCGAUGUGGUGACAGCCUUUCUCUACGGAGUGAUGAAGGAGAAGGUGUACUGCGUGAUAACCAGAAGGCGUCGAGAUGGAUGGCGACUUCGACUGUCUCGAGUUAAGGAGGCGAUCUACGGUCUCAAGCAAGCUUCACGUGUGUGGAACGAGACUUUCGACGAGUUCGUAUGCUUUAUCGGUUUCGAAGUGUCGGCGUUCGACCCAUGUCUCUACAUCAAGGUUGUCGACGGUCACUGUGUGCUCGUGCUGGUCUACGUGGAUGACGUGUUGGUCACCGGCAGCUCGCUCGAGUUGAUUGCGCAGACGAAGGCCGACCUCAAGACGCGUUUCGAGAUGACCGACAGUGGCAAGUGUACUUUUGUACUGGGCAUCGAACUGGUGGACGAAUCGGAUGGCAGCGUGACGAUGUGCCAGCGACGGGUAUGUCAACGACAUCCUCAAGCGCUUCGGCAUGGAUGA